UAUUAUCCUUUACUAUCCCUGUGAUUCGAACCGUCGCCAUUGGAGUUGAAGGUGAAAGCAGCACUGGAACUGCGAACUCCGUUCCGGCACGGGGAGAGUAGUCAAGCGCGGGUGGCCGGAGCCGCCGCGGAUUGUCCCGGAAAAACCGCGUCGUUCAUUAAUAGCUGCCGUGUUUGUUAUGAUAGCAACAUUAGCUCUGCACGUUUGAGGUCGUUGAAGAGCGUCGUUUUCGUCAUUGAAUACUUUACUCUGCUUUGAAUACACACCACAAAGCAUCUAGCUCGCACGCGAAAAGGUUCGUUCGAGCUCGCAUUGAUAUGGAGAAAGGACGAAGCUCGUGAUGAUUGAGAGGUGGCUAUGGUGCUCGUAGAGUAAAAUUCAGCAGAGGAAGUGGCUACAAUCGGUUUCUGAAUAGAAACAAUGGAAGCUCGCUCGAUGUUUCUCCUUUCGGUCAUAUACUUGUUUCUCAACUCAGCGGUAUCCCAAACUGUGAACAAUACCGAGUGGCGUGCUUUACUGGACCUCAGAGCAUCACUCGGAAUCAGAGCAAGAGAUUGGCCGAGGAGAGUUAACCCCUGCACGCCAUGGAAAGGAAUCGAUUGCAGAAAUGAUACAGUCAUUGGAAUAAACUUGUUCGGUUUAAGAAGAACUCGGAAAGGAAAGCAAAAUCCACGGUUCUCUGUAGAUUCUCUAUCGAAACUUCCUUCGCUAAUUACUUUCAACGCCUCAGGAUUCGUGCUGAACGGAUCAAUUCCAGAAUGGUUGGGCACGAGGCUAACUAAUCUUCAUGUUCUCGAUCUCCGAUCCAGUGCGAUUUACGGCUCAAUUCCUAUGUCAAUUGGAGGUUUGAGCAGGCUUAAUUCUUUAUAUUUAUCCAACAAUUUCAUUACUGGAGGUAUGCCACCUGCAUUGGGGAAUUUAUCUUCGUUGUUAGUUCUUGAUGCUUCGCGGAAUUUGUUGACAGGGCAGAUUCCAACCGAGCUUUCAUCUCUUCAUAAUCUUACUAGACUUGACCUGUCUUCAAAUUAUUUAUCUGGUGGGAUUGCUCUUAGUUUUACUUCACUUUCAAGGCUCAAGUUUCUAAACUUAAGUAGGAACAGCCUGAGUGCAGUCGUUCCACCUCAGCUUGGAGAUCUUCCUCAGCUAAUGGAACUUGAUCUUGGAUUCAAUUCUUUGUCUGGUUCACUGCCUGAGGAGCUGAAAAGAAUGAAAAAUCUGAGAAAGAUGUUGGUUGGCAAUAAUAAGCUGCAGGGUCCAUUGUUAGAUGGCUUAUUUCAGAACCUUACACAGCUGGAAAUUUUCGAUGUCUCCAGGAAUAAUCUCACCGGUGGUUUCCCGAACCUCAAUUCUUUCAAUACCACUGGUAGGAUCUUCAACUUAUCUACCAAUCAGUUUUAUGGAAAUUUGAGUUCUGUGAUUGGAAAUGGAAAGUUCCAAAUCAUUGAUCUGUCCAACAAUUAUUUUGAAGGAUCAGUUCCACAUGGAGCUGCAGGAGUCACCAUUAUCUCUUCUAAUAACUGCUUUACAGCUUCUGGUCAGAGAAAUUCUGAGGUCUGUAGGAAAUUUUACUCGGACAAAAAUUUAUCUUAUGGUAAUGAUAAGAGCGGAGAGCCAAUUCAGCCUCCAGUUUCAGAAAACAGUAAGAGCAGAAAGAGAUUUUCAUACAUUAUGAUUGGAGUUUUUGGUGGUCUUGGCUUCAUUGUAGCUGUAAUAUCAGGAACAGUGUUGCUUAUGAGAGUUUGCAGCAGAGUAAGAACAGAUAACAGUGGAGGAGAGAAUCCAACUAUGAGAGCUGUUCCAGGAGGUACUGAUCAAUCUCCCAAGCUUUUCAUCGAUCUUUCUAAUUUGGGACAGGCAUUUACAUACAGCCAGAUGCUCCAAGCAACAGGAAAUUUCAGCAAAGCAAACCUGAUUAAGUGCGGGCACUCGGGAGAUCUGUUCCAUGGCAUACUGGAAGGAGAGCAUCGAGUAGUUAUUAAGAGAGUCGACCUGCAUUCAUCAAGAAAUGAAUCAGUCAUGUCAGAGUUGGAUUUCUUUGGCAAGGUGUCGCACCCGAGAUUGGUCCCUCUUGUGGGACACUGCUUAGACGAUGAACAUGCCAAGAUUUUGGUGUACAAAUACAUGCCGAAUGGAGAUCUUUCUAAUGCUCUGUACAGGUUAACAAAUCCAGAAGAAGACUUGCAGUCUUUGGAUUGGAUAACCAGACUGAAAAUUGCGAUAGGAGCAGCCGAGGCCUUAUCCUACUUGCACCAUGAAUGCAUUCCUCCAGUAGCCCAUAGAGACAUUCAAGCUAGCAGCAUCCUUCUCGACGACAAAUAUGAGGUUCGACUUGGAAGUUUCAGCCAAGUAUGUACUCCGGGAGCCAAUAAUAACAAUCAUCAAAAUGUGAUUUCAAAGCUGCUUCAUGCCCCAGGGACUUCUGGAGAAAGAGACAGACCUUCUGGAUCGUCGCCUAUAACCUGCGCCUACGAUGUGCACUGUUUCGGCAAAGUCUUGCUUGAACUUAUAACAGGGAAGUUUGGAAUCAGCAGAUUAGACGACGACAAGACGAAGCAAUGGCUGGACGGCAGUUUACCUUUCAUAAGCAUGCAUGAAAAGGAACUGGUGAUGAAGAUUGUGGACCAGUCCCUCAUAAUAGACGAUGAUCUUCUUGAAGAGGUAUGGGCAGUGGCAAUAGUGGCAAAGUCAUGUCUGAAUCCCAAGUCUUCCAGACGCCCAUCGGCGCGGCAAGUUCUUAAAGCAUUGGAAAACCCCUUCAAAGUCGUGAGGGAAGAGACAUUUAAUUCUGGGGCUCUGAGAUCAGCUUCAUCCCGACAAGCUUGGACUGCUGCAUUCCUUGGCAGUUGGCAUCGCAGCUCGUCCGACAGCUCUAAUAGAUCAGGCCAAGCCAACAGGGCAGGAUCCCGGAGCAGUGGCGCCAACGAUCAUUCAUCUUCGCACAAGAGAUCAUCCAGCGACGUUUUUCCAGAACCUGGGCACGAUUUAGAAAGACAGGAUGGAAACAGCUAAAAGGUUUGGUGUGUGUUUAAUUAAUAUAAUGCAAGAAUGUAAGCCUUUAGAGAGAGAGUUAAUCUCCUCUUCGAUUUUUGGGUGUGUGUGAUUGUGUUUUCAUUGCAUUUGCAGAAUCACAUGUGUACAGAAGCUCUACUGUAAAGAUUGGAGAAUAUUUGUGAUUCAUCA